AUGGGUGAGAAAGAGGCAUUCUUUUCCUUCAUGGAUGGGUUGAAACCAUGGGCGAAGCAAGAGUUGCAACACCGAGGAGUCCAAGAACAUACCAAGGCCAUGUCUGUAGCAGAAUCGUUGGCUGAAUUUGGUAGGAAGAAAGACAGGCCUAAGUCUUUUAAGCUCAAGUCCCAGCCAAAGGGAAAUAGUGGGGGAGACAAAGAAAGGCCCCCUAGAAAUGACAACGAUAAGAAGCCUCGGGACAAAAGGAAGAGUGGGCCUAUAAGGUACUUCCAUUGUGAUAGACCACACAUGAUUAAGGAUUGUCCAAAGAAGGCUGUGCUCUCCGCUGUGGAAGAAAAAGCGGAGUCCAAUGUGGAGGAAAACAAUCUUGGUUCAAUACUAGGGGGUGUUGAAGACAAGAUGAGUCAUGGGCUGAUAUUUGCGGACAUCAUAGUAGCUGACAAAAAGUUGAAUGCACUUGUCGACACAGGUGUGUCUGAUUUAUUCAUGUCCGAAGGGGUUGCGCAAAAACUUGGCCUCAAGAUUGAAAAUUUACCGGGUCAGAUUAAGAAGGUGAAUUCGGAAAGUGUUCCAAUCAAGGGGGUUGCAAAGGGAGUAAAACUCCAAUUUGGUGAUUGGACCGGUACGGCAUCCAUCAAGGUUAAUGCGACGAUUUGUCCUUCCAGUAAUUUCAUGGUGAUUUCAGAUUCGAACCAUCAAUGCAUGGUGAGAUUGACAAGAAAGGGGAGCCUGGAAGGGAAAACAUUGUUCGCAAUCCAAUUUGCUAAGGGAGUACGUAGAGAUGAAGUCUCCUACUUAUCCACUUUGAAGAUUGAGGAAAUCGGUAAGUCCGUGGGUGAGAUCCCUAAGGAAGUAGGCCAAGUAUUACAAUUCUUUCGAGAUGUGAUUCCUGCAAAGUUGCCAAAGAAUUUGCCACCUAAGAGGAAGGUGGAUCAUAGGAUCGAAUUGGUGUCCAACAUGGUAUCGCCAGCUAGGGCCCCACAUUAUAUGUCCCCACCGGAAUUGGAGGAAUUACGGAAACAAUUAAAGGAGCUUUUAGAUGUGGGAUUCAUUUGGCCGUCUAAAUCUCCGUAUAGUGCACCGGUGCUAUUUCAAAAGAAACAUGAUAGGUCAUUAUGGAUGUGUAUUGAUUAUCGGGCCCUAAACAAGAUCACUGUGAGAAAUAGGUACCCUAUUCCCCUUAUUGCAGACUUGUUCGACCAGUUUGGUAGUGCAAGAUGGUUUACCAAGUUGGACUUGAGAUCGGGUAAAUCACUCGAUGAACAUGUGGAAAAUUUGAGGGAGGUAUUCCAAACUUUGAGGGAAAAUGAGUUGUUCGUCAAGGAGGAGAAAUGCACCUUUGCUCAACGAGAGCUGCCAUUUCUAGGCCACAUUGUGGGAGGUGGCAAGAUCUGGAUGGACGAAAGCAAGGUUCGGGCCACUGCCGAGUGGGAGGCUCCAACCAAAGUGACAGAGUUGAGAUCUUUCCUUAGGUUGGCAAACUACUAUAGUCACUUUAUCGAAGGCUACUCUAGAAUUACCGCACCCUUGACGGACAUGUUGAAAAAGGGUAAGGUAUGGGAUUGGAACCCACAGUGUGAGAGGGCCUUCAAUCAAUUGAAGAAAGUAAUGACAAGUGAGCCCGUACUUGCAUUACCGGAUUACUCGAAGCCUUAUGAAGUACGCACAAAUGCGUUAGAUUAUGUCAUUGGGAGAGUACUAAUGCAAGAAGGUCAUCCCAUUGCUUUCGAAAGUCGAAAGCUUAAUGAGACAGAGUAG